UCGCACGCCCCGCUUAAAGAUGGAGGAAUACGCGAGAGAACCAUGCCCCUGGAGGAUUGUAGAUGACUGUGGCGGCGCUUUCACAAUGGGAGUGAUCGGGGGGGGCGUCUUCCAGUCCAUCAAGGGCUUCAGAAACGCACCCGUCGGAGUCCGUCACAGACUCAGAGGCAGUGUGAACGCAGUGAGGAUCCGUGCUCCACAAAUCGGGGGUAGUUUUGCAGUGUGGGGUGGGCUGUUCUCCACUAUAGACUGUGGUCUGGUGAAGCUCAGAGGAAAAGAGGAUCCCUGGAACUCAAUCUCUAGUGGGGCUCUCACUGGAGCGAUACUGGCAGCGCGCAGCGGCCCCCUCGCCAUGGUGGGUUCUGCGAUGAUGGGGGGGGUUCUCCUGGCUCUGAUUGAGGGGGUGGGCAUCCUGCUGACCAGAUACACCGCGCAGCAGUUUCACAACCCGAACCCGUUUGGAGACGACCCAAACCAGCUCCCCCCCAAGGACCAGCAGCAAGGGUACCAGUACCAAUAGAACCGGACCAUUGGACCCAAGCAAGCACACAGAUACAUUGGAGUAGCCGGGCAGCAGUGUGGAGUAGCGGUUAGGGCUCUGGACUCUUGACCGGAGGGUCGUGGGUUCAAUCCCUAGUGGGGGACACUGCUGCUGUACCCUUGAGCAAGGUACUUUACCUAGAUUGCUCCAAUAAAAACCCAACUGUAUAAAUGAUUAAUUGUAUGUAAAAAUAAUGUGAUAUCUGUAUAAUGUGAAAUAAUGUAUAAUGUGAUAUGUUGUAACAAAUUGUAAGUCGCCCUGGAUAAGGGCGUCUGCUAAGAAAUAAAUAAUAAUAAUAAUAAUUGAGGAUCUGAAUACCAGGCACUCAGAAUCCCUUCAUAGACUCACCAGAGAGGAAGCUAGCUUCCCAUGAACAAUUCUCUGGCUUCGAUUAGCACGGGAAUUUUAAAACAGAACUUUAAUAGAAAACGACAGGUAGCAGUUUAAAAAAAAUAAUAAUAAUAAAACUAGAGAAUUCAAAGAACAAUACUUGGGAAAAGUCUUAAGUAUGUAAUGUGUGGAGUGAAUGUAGACAACAGCCCUGCAUUGUGAAAUACUGAGCUGUGCCUCCUAAACGCUGCUUAGCAAGGAGUCGACUACAGCAAAGAUCCAGCUCAAGAUCCAGGUGGGGGUGGGGGUGGGGGUGGGUGGGGGUGAUGUGCAAACAUUCUAGCUGUGUGUACUGUAUUUGUUUAGCAACAGAACUUGCAAUAAAACAUGUUAUUUAAAAGUGCUGCAAAAUAUAUAUAAUAAAGUAUCAUAUUGUUUUAUAACUGGGUACGAUUCAUUGAACAGAUGGCUACAGGCUGGUUAACGUUAACCCACUAGCGCCACCUAUCCCCCCAGAUUGGAAUAUGCUUUACAAUCUUCCCUAUGCUUUACCAGACCUCUCUGUGCUUUACAAUGCUUCCCUAUGCUUUACCAGACCUCUCUGUGCUUUACAAUGCUUCCCUGUGCUUUACCAGACCUCUCUGUGCUUUACAAUGCUUCCCUAUGCUUUACCUCUCUGUGCUUUACAAUGCUUCCCUAUGCUUUGCCUCUCUGUGCUUUACAAUGCUUCCCUAUGCUUUACCAGACCUCUCUGUGCUUUACAAUGCUUCCCUAUGCUUUACCAGACCUCUCUGUGCUUUACAAUGCUUCCCUGUGCUUUACCAGACCUCUCUGUGCUUUACAAUGCUUCCCUAUGCUUUACCUCUCUGUGCUUUACAAUGCUUCCCUAUGCUUUGCCUCUCUGUGCUUUACAAUGCUUCCCUAUGCUUUACCAGAGCUCUCUGUGCUUUACAAUGCUUCCCUAUGCUUUACCAGAGCUCUCUGUGCUUUACAAUGUUUCCCUAUGCUUUACCAGACCUCUCUGUGCUUUACAAUGCUUCCCUAUGCUUUACCAGACCUCUCUGUGCUUUACUAUGCCUCAGUGUGACUAUUAUACUGGUAUGCAAAUUGAUAUACAAAUGGCAACAGAUCUGGAAAUAGAAACCAGAUUAGAGAGUAGUAGUAAGACAUGGCAUCGUGUUAGAUCUGGUAGAAUCACUUUUAGUGUGUUCAAGCAAGUGUGUAGCAGACUGACGGGCUAGCUAGUAGGCUAAGAAGAGCUAAGCCUGUACAAAAGCAAUAUGGUAUUGAGCAUGAGUUUGAGGCAGUCAAAACUAUGCUGCUGUUACUGGCAAUAAUGAUCUGGGUUUGUGGUUGAUCCCAGUGCAUCACACCUUGGGACCUGUCCUGACAGAAAGGUGUUGGACACUGAUGUUAGUCCUCAGUUUGGUUUGUUAGAGAUGAACUGUCCUGAUGUACAAUCCUAUGUAGACUGUAAGUAUCUGAAGGAAAAUAAAGUGGCAAACAUGGGUUGAAAAUAAACCAUGACUGCUGGAAUGAGGUGAUGGGCCAAAUGGCCCGGAGUGGUGCGAUUUCUUUGUCCGAUUACCAUUUGGAAAAAAAAAAAACUACUUUGAUGAAACUAAGUGGCUUGAAAUGAAAACAAAGUUGGAUGAAUUUUACUUUUCUGUUUAUUUGCCUUUCAUCGAAUUGACUUUUGUAACAAGACAUUAGA